AUGGGAAUUAAAGUUCUGUUUAUGUUUACACAGGCAAAAAGAUGUGAUAAGAAAUCUCUUCUGAUAAUUAGAACUGAAUGCCGAUCCUGCUUACUCAAUUUUGGAAUCAAGUGUCCAGAUGGUUACAGCAAGAUUACUAAUGGCUCUGUAGGAGUUCGAGAUUGCAGGUACACGUUUGAGGUUGGCGCCUACUCGCGAUCUCUCCCCGGAUGCCGGCAUAUCUGUAGGAAGGACUACCUCCAGCCUCAGUGUUGCCCAGGCCACUGGGGCCCAGACUGCAUGGAGUGCCCAGGAGGAGCCGUGUCCCCCUGCAGUGGCAGAGGCAGUUGUGACGAAGGCAUGGAAGGAAAUGGAAGCUGUUCCUGCCAAGAAGGAUUUGGCGGAACAGCCUGUGAAACCUGUGUUGAUGACAAUUUAUUUGGACCAAACUGUUCAGCAGCGUGCAACUGUGUGCAUGGAGUGUGCAACAGUGGAAUAGAUGGCGAUGGGACCUGUGAGUGCUACUCUGCAUACACUGGCACCAACUGUAAUAAGCCCAUCAAUCCAUGUUUACAAAACAUCUGCCACCAUCAUGCUCAAUGUACAUACCUGGGACCAAAUCGGCACAGUUGUACAUGUGAAGAAGGCUACCAUAGGGAUGGCCAAGUGUGCUUACCGGUGAACCCCUGCCAAAUGAACUUUGGAAACUGCCCUACAAAGUCGACAGUGUGCAAAUACGAUGGGCCUGGACAGUCUCACUGUGAGUGUAAGGAACAUUAUCGCAAUUUUGUACCUGGAGUGGGGUGCAGUGUGACCGACAUCUGUGAAUCAAAAAACCCCUGUCAUAGGAAUGCAAACUGUACCACCAUUGCACCAGGCCGAACCAAAUGCACUUGCCAGAAAGGCUACGUGGGCGAUGGCUUGACGUGUUACGGAAACAUCAUGGAGCGGCUCAGAGACUUAAACACUGAACCCAGAGGAAAAUGGCAAGGAAGGCUGACCUCUUUCAUCUCAUUUCUGGACAAAACUUAUGCCUGGCCACUGAGUAACCUGGGACCAUUCACUGUGCUGUUGCCAACAGACAAAGGACUGAAAGGAUUCAGUGUAAAAGAGCUUCUGAUGGAUACUGAGGCAGCUCGGUACUUUGUGAAACUGCACAUAAUUGCUGGGCAGAUGACCACUGAGCGUUUGAAUAACACAGACACAUUUUAUACCUUGACGGGAAAGUCAGGGGAAGUCUUCAACGAUGAUAAGGACAAUCAACUUAAGCUUAAACUCUAUGGAGGCAAAAAGAAGGUAAAAAUUAUACAGGGCAACAUGAUUGCUUCCAAUGGGCUCCUGCACAUCAUUGACAGAGCCAUGGACAAGAUGGAUCCCACAUUUGAGAGCAACACUAAGCAAACCAUAAUGACAAUGCUACAACCAAGAUACAGCAAGUUCAGAUCUUUGUUAGAGGAAACCAAUAUGGGACACGCCUUAGAUGAGGAUGGGGUUGGUGGACCAUACACCAUUUUUGUUCCAAGUAAUGAAGCAUUAAAUAACAUGAAGGAUGGCACUCUCGAUUACCUCCUUUCUCCAGAGGGAUCUCGGAAGCUUCUGGAACUCGUCAGAUACCACAUUGUCCCAUUUACCCAGCUCGAAGUGGCCACUCUCAUUUCAACCCCUCACGUUAGAAGCAUGGCCAACCAGAUCAUACAGUUUAACAUAACCAACAAUGGACAGAUUCUUGCAAAUGGUGUGGCAAUGGGAGAAAUUGAGGUUGCUGCCAAAAAUGGCCGAAUUUACACCUGUGCAGAUGGCCUCGGUGGCAAUGGGACGUGCAUUUGUGAGGAUGGCUUCCAAGGCUCUCAGUGUCAGUUCUGCUCUGAUCCCAAUAAAUACGGACCUCGGUGUGACAAAAAAUGUCCAUGCGUUUACGGAACAUGCGACAACAGGAUAGACAGUGAUGGGGCCUGCCUCGCCAGCACUUGCAGAGAUGGCUCUGCUGGGAAGUUCUGCAACAAGCAGACCUCCACCUGUGGGCCCUAUAUGGAGUUCUGUCACAUCCACGCCACCUGUGAAUACAGCAAUGGGACAGCCAGCUGCAUUUGCAAAGCAGGAUAUGAAGGCGACGGAACUCUCUGUUCAGAGACGGAUCCCUGCGUGGGAUUAACCCCAGGGGGCUGCAGCCGCAAUGCAGAAUGCAUCAAAACUGGCAUGGGGACACACACCUGUGUGUGCCAGCAGGGAUGGACCGGGAAUGGAAGAGACUGUUCAGAGAUCAACAACUGCCUGCUGCCCGGCGCUGGCGGCUGUCACAGCAAUGCAACCUGUUUAUACAUAGGCCCAGGACAGAAUGACUGUGAGUGCAAGAAAGGAUUUCGAGGCAACGGAAUUGACUGUGAACCAAUAACUUCAUGCUUGGAACAAACCGGGAAAUGUCACCCGCUGGCAUCUUGUCAGUUUACUUCUUCCGGUGUCUGGAGCUGUGUUUGUCGAGAGGGCUAUGAAGGAAAUGGCCUUCUGUGCUAUGGGAAUGCAGCCGUGGAAUUGUCGUUUCUCUUGGAAGCAGCUAUAUUUAACCAGUGGAUAACUGACGCUUCUCUACGACCCAUGCUGUCGGCCGCCUCAAACCUUACUGUCCUCGUGCCUUCACAACAAGCUAUUGAGGACAUGGACCAAGAUGACAAAACCUUUUGGUUGUCAAAGAGCAAUGUUCCAGCCCUAAUAAAAUACCAUACGCUCCUGGGCACGUACGGGGUGGCAGAUCUGCAGACUCUGUCGUCGUCUGACAUGCUGGCAACAUCUUUGCAGGGCAACUUUCUCCACCUGGGGAAAGUGGAUGGGAAUAUCACAAUUGAAGGAGCUUCCAUCAUCGAUGGUGACAACACAGCCACAAAUGGAGUGAUACACAUCAUCAACAAGGUUCUGAUUCCCCAAAGAAGUCUAACUGGCUCCUUACCAGGCCUGCUCGCCCGGCUGGAUCAGAUGCCUGGCUAUUCCAUCUUCCGGGGCUACAUCAUUCAAUAUAACCUGGCGAAUGCAAUCGAGGCUGCCAGUGCUUACACAGUGUUUGCUCCAAACAACGAUGCCAUUGAGAAGUACAUCAGGGAGAAGAAGGUUGCAACACUAGAGGAGGAUGUCGUUAGGUACCACGUGGUCCUGGAGGAGAAACUCCUGAAGAACGACCUGCACAAUGGCAUGCACCGGGAGACCAUGCUGGGUUUCUCCUACCUCCUUGGCUUCUUUCUCCGCAAUGACCAGCUCUAUGUAAAUGAAGCUCACAUAAACUACACCAAUGCAGCCACUGACAAGGGAAUAAUCCAUGGCUUGGAGAAAGUUCUGGAAAUUCAGAAGAAUAGAUGUGAUACUAACAACACUAUUAUUGUUCGAGGAAAGUGUGGGAAGUGUCUCCAGCAGCUGAUCUGUCCACUUGGAACUAAACGACUGGGCGAAGAGACGAGGAAAUGUAUCUAUACCCUUUAUUUCAUGGGAAAGCGAUCUCCGUUCAUUGGGUGCCAGCCAAUGUGUGUGAAAACUGUAAUUAUGAGAGAAUGCUGUGCAGGCUUCUUUGGUCCCCAGUGCCAGGCCUGCCCUGGGAAAGCUGGGAAUGCCUGCUUCGGAAAUGGAAUCUGCUUGGAUGGAGUGAAUGGCACGGGCAUGUGUGAGUGUGGAGAGGGCUUCAAUGGGACGGCCUGUCAGACGUGCACCGAGGGCAAAUAUGGGAUCCACUGUGACCAAGUGUGUCCUUGUGUCCAUGGGAGAUGCAACCAAGGACCCUCUGGUGAUGGCUCCUGUGAAUGUGACAUUGGCUGGCGAGGAGUGCACUGUAACAUUGAAAUCACAGAAGACAACUGCAAUGGGACAUGCCACACCAGCGCCAACUGCCUUCUCAAUUCUGAUGGCACAGCCUCGUGCAAGUGUGCGGCAGGGUUCCAAGGGAACGGGACAGUCUGCACAGCAAUCAACGCCUGUGAGAUCAGCAACGGGGGUUGUUCUGCCAAUGCUGACUGUAAAAGAACCACCCCAGGACGUCGGCUGUGUGUGUGCAAGCCAGGCUAUACUGGUGAUGGCAUUGUGUGCCAAGAAAUUAAUCCAUGUUUGGAGAACCAUGGGGGCUGUGACCAGAAUGCAGAGUGCACGCAGACGGGACCCAACCAGGCCAUCUGUAACUGUUUGCCAACAUACGCUGGAGAUGGCAAGACCUGCAGCCUCAUCAGUGUCUGCCUAACCAAAAAUGGCGGCUGUAGUGAAUUUGCUAUCUGCAAUCAAACUGGACCAGAGGAAAGGACCUGCGCCUGUAAGCCAAACUACAUUGGGGAUGGAUUUACCUGCCGCGGCAACAUCUAUCAGGAGCUUCCGAAGAACCCAAAAACGUCCCAGUAUUUCUUCCAGUUACAGGAGCAUUCUGUGCGAGACCUGGCUGGCCCAGGCCCCUUCACCAUCUUCGUGCCUUUAUCAGCAGCCUUUGACGAGGAAGCCCGGGUUAAAGACUGGGACAAACAGGGUGUCAUGUCCCAGGUUCUUCGGUAUCAUGUGAUUGCCUGCCACCAGCUGCUUCUGGAAAACCUGAAAUUGACCCCAAAUGCAACUUCCCUCCAAGGGGAGUCAAUUACCAUCUCUGUCUCUCAGGAUACAGUGUAUUUAAAUAACAAGGCUAAGAUCAUAUCCAGUGAUAUCAUCAGUACCAAUGGAAUCAUCCACAUCAUAGACAAAUUGCUGUAUCCCCAGAACUUGCUUAUCACCCCCAGAGAUGCCUAUGGAAGGAUUCUGCAAAAUCUUACAACAGUGGCAAAAAACCAUGGCUACACCCAAUUUAGCAACUUAAUACAGGAUGCCGGCUUGCUGAGUCUCAUCACUGAUCCCAUCCACACCCCGGUCACUCUCUUCUGGCCCACAGACCAAGCUCUCCAAGCCUUACCCCCUCAACAGCAGGAUUUCCUCUUCAACCAAGAGAACAAGAACAAGUUGAAGGAGUAUCUGAAGUUCCAUGUGAUCCGAGAUUCCACGGUUUUAGCAGUGGAUCUCCCCAGACCUACUGGCUGGAAGACCCUGCAAGGUUCGGAGCUGAGUGUGAAGUGUGGAGCUGGCAAUGACAUUGGUGAGCUCUUUCUGAAUGACCAAACGUGCAGAAUUGUGCAGCGGGAGCUCUUGUUUGAUCUGGGUGUGGCCUAUGGCAUCGACUGUCUGCUAAUUGACCCCAUGCUGGGGGGCCGCUGUGACACUUUUGCUAGUUUCAAUAUCUCGGGGAGUUGUGGGAGCUGUAUCACUACUCCCAGCUGCCCAUGGGGGAGCAAAUCAAAGGGUGUGAAGCAGAAGUGUCUCUACAACCUGCCCUUUAAGAGGAACAUGGAAGGCUGCCAGCAGCAGUGCAUCAUGGUGGUGCAGCUCCCCAGGUGCUGCACGGGGUACUUCGGGCGAGACUGUCAGGCCUGUCCCGGAGGACCGGAUGCCCCGUGCAAUAACCGAGGUGUCUGCCUUGAUGAGUACUGGGGCACGGGAGCGUGUAGAUGCAACACUGGCUUCAGUGGGACGGCGUGCGAGCUGUGCUGGCCGGGGAGAUUCGGGCCCGACUGUCAGUCCUGUGGCUGCUCUGACCACGGACAGUGCGAUGACGGGAUCCUGGGCUCCGGGCAGUGCCUCUGUGAAAUGGGGUGGACAGGCCGCUUCUGUGACACUCAGACAGUCUUGCCCUCAGUGUGCACACCUCCUUGUUCUACUCAUGCCACCUGUAAGGAGAACAACACAUGUGAGUGUAACCUGAAUUAUGAAGGCGACGGAAUAACAUGCACAGUUGUGGAUUUCUGCAAACAGAACAAUGGAGGCUGUGAUAAGGUCGCCAAGUGCUCCCAGAAGGGCACCAAGGUCUCCUGCAGCUGCCCAAAGGGCUACAAGGGGGACGGUCGCAGCUGCACAGCAAUAGACCCCUGUGCGGAUGGCCUCAAUGGUGGCUGUCACGAGCACGCCAUCUGCAAGAUGACUGGCCCGGGCAAGCGCAAGUGUGAAUGUAAAAGUCACUACGUGGGAGACGGGCUGAACUGUGAGCCAGAGCAGCUGCCCAUUGACCGCUGCUUACAGGACAAUGGGCAGUGCCACGCGGAUGCCGACUGUGCCGACCUCCAUUUCCAGGAUACCACAGUUGGAGUGUUCCACUUACGCUCCCCGCUCGGCCAAUACAAGCUGACCUUUGACAAAGCCAAAGAGGCCUGUAUCAAUGAAGCUGCAACCAUAGCAACCUACAACCAGCUCUCCUACGCCCAGAAGGCCAAAUACCACCUCUGUUCAGCAGGCUGGCUGGAGACGGGGCGCGUUGCCUACCCCACAGCCUAUGCCUCCCAGAACUGUGGCUCUGGCAUUGUUGGGAUAAUAGACUAUGGAACAAGAACCAACAAGAGUGAAAUGUGGGACGUCUUCUGCUACCGGAUGAAAGAUGUGAACUGCACCUGCAAGGUGGGCUACGUGGGAGAUGGUUUCUCGUGCAGUGGGAACCUGCUGCAGGUCCUGAUGUCCUUCCCCUCACUCAAAAACUUCCUGACGGAAGUGCUGGCCUAUUCCAACAGCUCUGCCAGAGGCCAGGCGUUUCUGAAACAUCUGACUGACCUGUCGAUCCGCAGCACCCUCUUCGUACCACAGAACAGCGGACUGGGGGAAAAUGAGACCUUGUCUGGGCGGGAUAUUGAGCACCACCUCGCCAAUGUCAGCCUUAUUUUUUACGAUGACCUUGUCAAUGGUACCAUCCUGCGAACCAGGCUGGGAAGCCAGCUGCUCAUCACCUCCAGCCAGGACCAGCCCGAUCUGAAGGAGACCAGGUUUGUCAACGGAAGAGCCAUUCUGCAGUGGGACAUCUUCGCCUCCAAUGGGAUUAUUCAUGUCAUUUCCAGCCCUUUAAAAGCACCCCCCGCCCCAGUGACCUCAGCCCACGCUGGAUUAGGAACAGGGAUACUCUUUGCCGUCAUCCUGGUCCUUGGAGUCAUUGCUUUUGUGGCAUAUUCUUACUUUCGGCUAAACCAGAGAACAAUUGGCUUCCAGCACUUUGAGUCAGAAGAGGAUAUCAAUGUUGCGGCUUUUGGCAAGGAGCAGCCUGAGAAUAUCUCGAACCCCAUGUACGAGAGCACAACUUCAGCUCCCCUAGAACCCUCCUACGGCCCCUUUUCGGACUCUGACGAGUGGCAGCUCAAGAGCAGCGACCCCCUCGGGGGGGCUUUGAGAGCCAGUCAGCCAUCACCCACUGGGUCAAUGGAGUAUCCUCAAAAAGGCUAUCAACUGUGA